CCUCCCAUUUCAAUUACUGUCUGCAGUCUUCCGUUUGAACUCUCUAUAUCAGGUGCUUCUUGCAAGCCCCAUCGCCAAACUGGAAAUCCGGACUGUCAAAUUACAAUUAAAAAACAUAUAAUUUUCCCAUUUCCCAUGAAAGUUCGGGCCUUUUCUCGACCCUUGUCUCUUGUUCUAUAUAACAACUCCCAUCCUCUUCCUCGGUUUCCUCUUCUAAGACCUGUUCUCUUCCAACACGCUGCUUCUUCUUCAAAUUCUCCGACCCAACUCAAUCUAUCAGUUUCCAUGUCUCCUUGUAUUGACUCCUGUCAACUUUCCCAGGAGCCAAACAGGCCCCCAAACUGUCGCCCAAGUUUCUCUGAUCGUUUUUCUUGCAUACCCACUCACAAAAACCUCACAAAAACCAUGCACACACUUGGGCUUAUCAACAAUCAUGAUGAUCAAAAUCAAGAUCUAUGGCUGAAAAUGCAAGAUGAAGCGAGAUCAAAAGUGGAGCAAGAACCCAUCUUGUCAAAUUACUACUUCACUUCAAUCUUAUCGCAUAAAUCCCUCGAAAGCGCUUUGGCGAAUCUUCUAUCAGUCAAACUCAGCAGUUCAAGUCUCCCCGGAGGUACGCUGUAUGAUAUUUUCAUAGGCGUGCUUGUAGAGGAUCAAGGAGUCAUCAUUGAAGCUGUGAGAGCUGAUUUGAGAGCGGUUAAAGAGAGAGACCCAGCUUGCAUAAGUUAUGUCCAUUGCUUGUUGAAUUUCAAAGGGUUUAUAGCUUGCCAGGCGCAUAGAAUUGCUCAUAAACUUUGGUCACAGGGCAGAAAAGUCUUGGCCUUGAUGAUUCAAAACCGGGUUUCUGAAGUUUUCGCGGUCGAUAUUCAUCCCGGAGCAAAAAUCGGAAGUGGGAUUUUGCUUGAUCAUGCCACUGGAGUUGUCAUCGGAGAGACGGCUGUUGUUGGGGACAAUGUUUCGAUUUUGCAUAAUGUGACAUUGGGGGGCACUGGGAAAGCGUCUGGUGACAGGCAUCCGAAAAUUGGUGAUGGGGUUUUGAUUGGGGCGGGGACUUCUAUUUUGGGAAACAUUAGAAUCGGUGAGGGGGCGAAAAUUGGGGCUGGCUCGGUGGUGUUGAAGGAUGUUCCGGCGAGAACCACGGCGGUUGGUAACCCCGCUAGAUUGGUCGGUGGGAAGCAGAAUCCGGUUAAGCUUGAUAAAAUUCCUAGUUUUACGAUGGAUCAAACUUCGCAUAUUCGUGAAUGGUCUGAUUAUGUUAUUUAGAGGGCUCAUUUCUGUUUGUGGUUUUCAGUGAGAAUUCAAGUUCUCCACACACUUUUUUAUUAGUGUAUUCAAAUAAUAUGUCAUUAUAUAAUGAAAUAACUCAAUCAUAUCAUGUGAUUUGACGACUCAAUCAUAUGAUGACUGUACUCAAAACUAGCACGCUGUUUUAUUUCAGAUUAUAUGUACUGAUGCUAAGUAGAACUUUAGAUCCAAUUACAAUGAGAAAAAUGAGAUUUUUAUUGGAAA